GACUGCGCAAAUUUAUUUUUAGAAUUUCUUCCCAUCUGCAGGCUCUACGGAAAAGUAAAUUUUCACGAUAAUAAGCGAUAAUUUUUCAUAUUUUAAGAUGACAAUAGCUGCAGUACAAUAUUGGGCGAAUUGGUAGAUGAAAAUGCCACAAAUUUCACUACCAACUAUAACAUGUAUGAAUAUUCGUCUGGUUUCGUGCCGAUUAAAUUCCCGGAUACCGAGGAACCAAGCUCUCAAACUAAUCACGUUCGAACUCGAGAUGAUAAUUUCAAUUAUUGGUCCUCUGGCAAUAUAAAGGUAGAAAUGUCGCCGCACAAACAAAGGAAACGUAAUCAACUCAAUGCACAAUAUUAUAGUAAUAAUAAUCCCGAUCAUUUAACUAAAAUUGGAAAUGCUGCUAAAGAUGAUGCUAACGCUAAUCUUCCCAAUUAUCGAUCGUACAAUGCAGACGCUUACAACGGAUAUUACGUACCCUCCACGAAGCAGUAUAGCGUUCAUGCAACUAGAUAUUCGAUUGGUAAUGAAAUGGAAGAAAAUAUACCAUUUGAUGUUUACGGCGCAGAUGGCCAAUAUCCCGGUUCGGGGGGACAAUAUUCAUAUACUCUACCAAUUGCACAAAAGUCGAUAGCUUCGAAGAAUCGAUCUGAAUUAUCGCAUAAAGCACUUUUAGCCAAAAGUUUUCUCAUUCCAUUAGCUAGUGCUGCAGUGUUAGGCAUAGCGGCUGCCCUAGUUAGUAAUCCUCUAUUAUUACAACUUGGCACUGUGUCCAGUGCUGGACCUAUAGUUGUUGGUAAACGAAAGCGAAGACAUUUGCUUAGUUUAGCUUCAAAUUCAAAGUAACUAACGAAAGAUCAUUUUUGCUCAUCACAUCCAUGCACAUUAUCAACUGCAUUAACCUAAGACCAUUGCCUAUUUAACGAUAAUAAUCACUUAAACUUAACAGA